AUGCGUCUCUUCUCAAUCCUCACCACCUUCCUCACCCUCGCAGCGGCACCCCUCGUCUCCGCCUUCACAAACCCCAUCCGCCGCCCCGGAGGCUCCGACCCCUUCCUAACCUACUCGGGCGACGGCUACUACUACCUCCUCUCCACGACCUGGUCCACCGUCGAAAUCGCCCGCUCCACCACGAUCGAAGGGCUCAAGACCGCCACUAAAAAGGUCGUCUACUCCUCCGCCGACGCCUCGCGAUGCUGCAACGUCUGGGCGCCCGAGGUCCACUGGCUGGGGAACCGGUGGUACAUCUACUUCACGGCGGGCGGGAGCGCGAAUUUGGAUAAUCAGAGGAUGCAUGUUCUGAGGGGCGGCACGACCCCCUGGGACGCCUACACCUACGUAGGCCGCAUCGGCCCCGACGAAUGGGCCAUCGACGCCUCCGUCCUCCGCACCCCCUCCCUCGGCGAAUACCUCGUCUUCUCCUGCUUCCACGGCGCAACCUACCAAUCCAUCUGCAUCCAAAAGCUCAACACGGACUACGUCUCCACCUCGGGCUCCGUCUCCCUCAUCUCCCAGCCCACGCAAUCCUGGGAACGCGUCUCCCACCCCGUCAACGAAGGGCCCGCGGCGCUCUACUUUGGCGGGAAAACGUACCUCGCCUACUCUGCGUCGUACUGCUGGUCCGCGUCGUACUGUUUGGGAUUGUUGACCUGGGACGGGAGCAAGGCGCCGACGGAUCCGGCGGCGUGGACAAAGGGGAACGGCGCGGGCGCGUGCGAUGAUAGCCGGUAUACCAUGGUGCAGAUGCUCGGGACGCAUAGUAACGGUUCGCCCAACUUUGGGACGCCUGUUGCUUUUAGUUAUGCGUACGGUGAGCCGUCCAAGUGA